AUGUUGUCCACCCUAUUUAAUCGCUGUGCUCGGCGACAUCGUCUGUAUCGGCCAUUGAAAUCGUUAUCUAAUCUAGGUGACUAUCAUUCAACGUCGUUACGUCUGAAUAUUUCACAAAAUUACCUUGACAAGGUGCAGAAACGAGCUGAACAACAGGGAGUUUCCGUGGACGAGUUGAAGCAGAGAAUCAAGCAGAGUGCGAAGCCGAAGCCAUUACCUGAAGCUCAAACACUUCAGGAGCAACGAGCAAAGAAGCUUGAAGCAGAUAGGAAGAGCAACGGUCACAAACCUGCAGCAUUUGCAAAGAGUGAGAGGAAAGAUGAAUCUCCUGUAAAGCAUCUGGCAGAAAUUAUGGAUAUCCACAAAAUUCUGCGAACCCCGCACACGGCUGAGCAAAUAUCUGCUCUCUGGACAGCCUUUCAUGCUUCUCGAUCCGGAGGUACUGGGCGAGGUUACCUUUCAGCCUCUGUUCCAUUGCAAACGUACGAGACACUGAUCGAGUCGGGCAAGAAACACCCAACAUUUAUUAUUCCUCUUAUACGUGAAGCUUCCCAAGCGACUGAGUCUGCAGAAGGAACUACGGAGAAGCAAGAGCCUGCAUACGAAUUUUUCUUCAUGCAGUGGGCCUUCCAUCCUGCACCGUCCAUACCAACGCCUAGUGUCCUCGAUCUACCUCUCCCAGAAGAUGCACUAUCUUCUCCGCCAGUCCACCCUAUCGCAACAGUUCUCUUCACACCUCUUCUGGAAUACAAAACCCGGGCAACGUUUGCAACUCCCCAUCUCGUGCUUACGCUAUAUCCCGAACUUGCACAGAGUCACCAACUCGUUUUGCUCCGUGGCGAGCUUACGCCUUCACCUUCUGAUACCGGACGAUAUCUCUUAAGCCAGCAGGAAGCACAGCUGCUUGCUCUUGGGCUGCAGAGAUUCUAUCUAGCCAACAGGGAGGAGGAGAGGGCGGAGUUAUUGAGGGUGUUUAGCGAGAGCCCGAGUGAGUUUCAGUGGGAAGAACUGCUGAAGCAUGCAAACCCGACCUCGUAG